AUGGAGCCGGAUGAAGCUAAGAGAAUCGAGAAGCUAGCCGAUGUCAACAACAUCGUGUUGCCGCGACUUCUGGGUGGUCUCGAAAAGCGCGUUGUCGGCCCUUUCUUCUUGGGCACCACGCCGUCAUUUGCGGAUAUUUACAUGUUGGAUUUUCACAUGCAGAUUUGGACUGCAUUCCCAAGUCUACUCAAGAUGGCCCCCGACCAUUACCCUAACCUUGCAGCUAUCGCAGAUCGCCUGAGCAAUUCGAUCGAGUUGGCCGCGUAUUUCAAGCCAAAGUAAGGGAUCGAAGCCUUCCUCCCAUUCAACACGACACCGUUGGAGCAUG